UGAAAUUGUAAGUUGGAAAAUACUGUUACUUUUUAAACCUAGUAUUUACUGGACGUUCUUGUUUAAUUGAGUCCAGAUAUGAUCUGAAAUUAAUUAAAACUACAACCUUAGAGUAAAGAAGAAAAGCUGAUAUGUAUGAAGAGGGUACAAAGAAUAGGACGGACAAUUGUCCUUGUUGCACUCCCAAUGGUUGUGAUAUUCACCUUGAUAAAUAUGUCUCUUCUACAUUUCUUUCAUCGAAGAAGUUCUGCAACAACAUUUAAUCUGAAUGGAAGAGUUUAUAAUAAAAAUAGUGACUCUAGUUCAAAGAGAUUACCAGAAGUUCGCAAAACGUACAGCAAGGAUGACAAUGCAAAGAAUCUGAGAAUGUUUGAUGACGCAGAGAAAGAACUAAAUAAAAAGUCGUCUGGAGACGGUGAUCAAGUAUUUCCCGAAGAUAAGGAUGUAAAAUCUGCAAAAGACGCCUUAGUUGUAAUGAAAGAUGAAGCAGUCGAUAGAAUGAUUGAGAAGUUAAAGAUGGCAAACAACUAUUCGUUCUUUUCCAAUUAUUUUUGGAACAGCAGUCUACAUGAUAUAACAAGACGGUUAGGCGCCACUGCCAAACAUAAAGCAAGGAUUCUACCCGGAUAUGCUCAAAUUAAUCGUUCUAGUGGUAAAAUGCCAGCAUGGGAGUUAUUUCACAGAAACAUUCGUCAGUUUUCUUUGUACGACCCAGAUGACCCAAACAUGUAUGGAAUGCUUAUAGACAUGGCAACACUACCUAUGAUAGAAGGAGAGGAAAAUGAUGGCGGCACUCAGCUAAAAAUCAAUGUAAGAUUUAGCAAUGAGGGAAGAGCAGUUAUCAAGUUUAUGAGAUACCCCAGAGAGGUAGAAGCCGAUGAGAAUCGAUAUAUUUUUGAUGAUCUAGAAAGGCACAUAGCUGAAAUAGCUGCAUUUCAACUUGACAAAACACUUGGGUUUUAUCGAGUGCCUCCAACGAUUGGAAGACGAGUAAACAUUAAGUCUGACCUAGAACCAAUAAUGCCAAAGUCAAUAAAAGAUACUCUUUUUAAAUCACCAGCUGGAAAUUUGUGUUUCUAUGGUGAAUGCCGUUACUACUGUGACAGUGCGCAUGCAUUCUGCGGACAUCCUGAUAUCAUUGAAAUUUCUGUACAAAGUUACCUACCGUCCAGAAACAUUGCUAAAAGAAAGUCAUGGUAUCAGCCAUGGAGGCGUUCAUACAGCGAAUACCGCAAGGCAUAUUGGGAGAAGAAUGAUGAUCUGUGUGACAGUAUACGAUACGAAUCACCAUACAACAACGGCAAACUUCUUUUGGAUAUGAUAGAUGCACAUACAUUUGACUUUUUAUCAGGUAACAAGGACAGACAUAGUUUUGUGACGUUCAAAGAUUUUGGCAACUACACGUUUCCAAUUAUGUACGACAAUGGAAGAGGGUUCGGGCGACAGACGUAUGACGCCAUGUCCAUUUUAGCGCCUUUACGUCAAUGUUGUUUGAUACGGAAGUCGACAUUGCUGAAAUACGUUAAAUUAUACGUUGGUCCUGAAAGACUUAGUGUUCUAAUCGAAAAAGCUUUAGAGUCGGAUCCUAUAGCGCCAGUGUUAAUUAAACCACAUUUGAAUGCUUUAGACAGGCGGUUGUUGAAAAUUUUACAGGCAGUUGCUGAGUGUAUAGAAAAAUACCCAGUGAAUAAAGUAGUGGUGUUUGAUAGAUUCUGAAAAUAUUUAUUUAUCAUUGGUGAUUGGUUUAUUUAAGGACAUACACUUUUUGCUUGAUAAAAAUUGAAGGAUGAGCAUUUUGAUAUCCAAAUGAUGUGAUAACACUUUUUUAUAUGCCUAAAAAACAACAACACUGCUAGAUAAACUAAAUGUAAAAAAAUGCAUCCUGUUACAGUUUUGAAAACUUGAAGUGCCUUUGAUGGUUUCAAUCAGUUUGAAGUGAUAAAAGUUUAGCAAGAAACGUUUACUGUUUAGAAUCCAAGAAAUUGUGCGAUAGAUUAUUAUACUUGGAAUUGGAAACUGAAGGAAAUGACGUAAAUUGAUAGAAAAAGAUCAAAAUAAGAAAAUUGGAAUUUUGUUUAUGGAUACGACAGGCGAAAUUCUGUUAAUUAUUACAAACAUAUUAGAUUAAUGUUGAUGAAACGGAAACUAGAACAGUAAUGACAACGAAGGCAAACGUGAUAAAAGAAAUGUUGUGGUGCAUGCAUUACUAUAACUAUAACGAUAGCACAUCACCGAAGACAAAAGAAGCAGAAAGAAACUUGUAAAGGCAAGUGUUUUACACAGGUGUGUUAGAUAAAGAGAAAUCAAUGAAGCGCACUGUCAAAUAUGUAACCUUUACUGAAGCACAUGCGUAUUAAAUGUUUAGUAUGAAUGGUCAAAGUACAUUUGUUCACAAUCUAAUUUGAACGGAGAGAAUUCAUUAAUUUAAGAAGAUAAAAUGUAAUUAAGAAAACAAAACUCCAAGUCGCUUCUAUAUGUAACCAUUUGAUUAUGGUAAACGCUGAACACUUAUGUCUGUAUAUAUGUAUCAUAUGCUGAUGUUCUAACAGUAUUAAUGCACGUUUUCCGGUGCAAAGAUUGUUAUCACGGUGAUAGCAUAAUUCAUACUAACACAUGCAUACACAAGUCAAACCGCCGCAACAUCAAGUAGAUUUGUUGUCCUGUCACAGAUGACAAGUUUUACACCGAAAGGAAUACACGCUUCCAGACAUGUUAUUGAAUUAAGUUUUCUGCCACGGAACUGGCUCUGCAUUCUACAUUUUUGUCGUGCAAUAUAUUUUGUAAAUAGAGAUGCAGUUUUAACAUAUGUUUUUUGCUCUUUGGCAGACUUUACUUACAACAUUUGCUUUUAAUGUACCUGCAGCAUUUGCUUUUAAUGUACCUGCAGCAUUUGCUUUUAAUGUACUUGCAGCAUUUUCAUUUUUAUCAUUUACAAAGAAUAAAGAAUUUUAGAUUU